AAUUGUCAUUGUGUCAUUGAUAAGCAGUUUUGAUUAGAUAUUGAUAUUGUGCUUCAUUUAGUUUUGAUAAGAAUAAGGAGGAAAACGAAGCAGCUUCUGCUAUGCUUUAAGUUCUUCUUGUGCGUGAUACCGAAUAUAAAAAAAUAAUAAAAUCCUUUGAAAUUUGAAUGUCUUUCGCAAUGGAUAUACUUCUCACAUUAUUCUAUUUGCUAUUUUCAUUUUGCGUUAUUUAUCCACCCACUGAGUUCGUGGCCGCUGGGUUUACUAUUCCUCAGAUCUUCGAGGGACUUUUAGGUUCCGAAAACAUGAACUUUAUCGGAUAUCAAAUGAAGAGAAUAACAAUUACGGCUUUUAUUCAUUCUUGUUUGCCGAUGGGAUAUGUGUUCACUCUGUGGUGCGGCGGUGAGCGAGGGUCGUGGAUGAUGGCGUCUGCGAUCUCCACAGUUAUCAUAGUGUUGCUAAUGUGCUAUAAGCUCGUUUGCUGGUGGGAAUACGAAAAACUGAAGCAUCCUGUCGUACGGCCUCUUUUAUGUUACGUUCCGCAGGGCUGCGAUUGGCGUGUGGUCGCUAAUAACAUCAAUAUUGCUUUUCGCAGUGUGGACAAAGUGUGCCUCCCACUGACUGCCACUAGCAAGUUGGUGGCCACCGAUACUUGGCUCAUUAGAGUUACUCAAUAUGGCAUGAAUGCUGUGCAUCAUGAAGACUGUUCAUUAUUUGCUACAGCUACUGAUAACCACACGCUGACUCCCACUGGUGAGGAGGAGGUGCAAUAUGUUAACAUAGAAGUGAUCCCGUAUCGGCCUGAUGUGGAGCCUUUCUCUUUCCGACUGACGACAACUGCGCUACGCGAGCUACAACCCCGCCUGCCACGGCCCGUUCGUGUACCCGACCAUAUCUCAUUACUUCCCACAGUGGUGGAGAGAUUUGUCACACUGUUCAAACACUAUGUCGACCAGAACCCCACCUACUAUGUUGAUCAGGAACUGGAGCAGUGCAUCGGAUGCAUGCAGAACAUGGCGGACGUGAAACUGGACCGGCGCUGCGAGCCCGUGCCCGCUCCGCUCGCCGGCAUCGCACCGCCGCCCUGCCAGCAGUGCAACUGCAGGGUGCUGUGGUGCUGCGCGUGCAUGGCGCGGUGGUGGGCGGCGCGGGCGGGGGCUGCACUAGGCGCGGGCGCUCCCAGCAGUGCGUGGCUGGCGGCGCGCGGCUCCUGCCCGGUGUGCCGCGCCGUCUUCUGCAUGCUGGACGUGCUGCCGGCGCGCCAGCGGGAUUCCUGAAGCAUGUUCGUCCUGGCGUACCCGCCGGAGUAAACUUCGCUCUAUGGUAACCACUACGGUGAAGUUAGCUGUCAAUAGCAAUCAGUGUUAAACUUUGUGUUUGAAAUAUGCAGAUACAUUUGAAACUUGUUGCAAAAGUAUGAAAAAAUAAUUAAGAAAAGUGUUUUUUUUAUUAAAUACCUUUGCAGGUUGAUAGCGCCUAACUUCACUCUAGUCACUAUGGACUGAAUGUCUUAUUAUAGUUUUUUUUUAAAUACAUGAUUAUAAUUAACUUAUUCAGUUCAGUUAGUAAUAAUCUGUUUAUAUCCAUCAAAUAUUAUAAUGGGAUGUUAAAAAUCAG